UACAGACUAUAAGUUUUUCCCCCCCGACAUGGCACGUUUGCAUGUCUACUAAUCUAAUACUAAUGGAUUUAUUACGUUAUCAAAACUUACGCAUUACUGUCUUUCCCGUAUGGUCAACACUCGUCCUCCCCAGUGCAGCCCCCCUCCCCCCAUUGAUCAGCUGUAUUACGAUAUCUCCGAACAGAGUGGGAGAGAGAACGACAGCGAGUGGUACGCGAGGAGAAAGGGUAAACGUCAGUGUUCAAACAAAACGCCCGGCUUUUUUAGGUCACUCGGACCGGCGACACUGGGAUCUCUUGAAUUUUUUUGAGUGUAGAGACCCGAGUGAUUAGCAUUUUGCAAUGGUAAUGAUGGUUGGACUUUGUUUUAAUGUAAAAUGUCUGGACUUGGGCGAUGGGUGAGGUAGCGGAUAAGUAAAUGAAACCGUCAGUUGAUGUUUUUACCUCCGAGGUGUGUUGUGUCACGUUGACCGAGUACCUGUGAGGAGUAACAGGAGUGAUAAUGGGGGAUAAUUAUGGCUGUGUGGAUUUGCUGGUGGACAGGCGUAAGAGCUCGGAUUUUCUAUGGGUGUCGAGGCCCAUGGAUCCCCUCGCACCUCAUCGUCUACCUCCGGAGAUGAAGUACACCAGAGAGCAGGCUAUUGAGGCUGCUCUCAAUCAUCCCAGGGUGCUUUUUACGGUGGAGACUCUUGCUGCUGCCAGGGGAGUUGAUAAGGCAAUUGUUAGGAGGGAGGCUAGGGAUAUGCUUGAGGAGAUGGCCAGCAAGGCACAUUUGCCUACUGUUCGCUGGAUUGGUCUUCUAACCGUUAAAGUAUUGAAGCGAAUUUUAAUGAGUUUUCGAGUGAAUCAGAAGUACCUACUCGAGAUACGCCAGCAGAUGAAGCACUCUGAUGUGCAGUACGUGUACGUGCCGUCCCACAGAAGCUACUUGGAUUUUGUACUGAUGUCGUACCUUCUUUUUACCUAUGAAAUGGCUCUGCCAAAUAUUGCUAGUGGAAUGGAUUUUUACAAGAUGAAGGUUGUUGGUGAAUUGCUCCGUAAAACUGGAGCCUUUUACCUGAGGCGGAGUUUCUCGAAUGAUCUAUUGUACAAGGAAAUAUUCAAGGCCUACGUUGCGUCUUUAGUUGAGAACAGCGACCGAGCAAUUGAGUUUUUUAUCGAGGGAACGAGGAGCAGAAGCCAGAAGAGUAUAGCUCCGAAAUAUGGACUGCUUGGUAUGAUCCUGGAGGCGGUGUUCCAAGGCCUCGUGCCAGACAUUCAGUUUGUGCCAAUAAGCAUAACGUACGAUAGACCGUUGGAGGAGUCUCUGUUCUCCUAUGAACUCCUCGGAGUUCCAAAACCAGCAGAGACCACCAGUGGACUCUUCAAAUCACUCUCGAUCCUCAGGGAACAGCGAGGGCACGGGCAUAUAUAUUUCAACAUAGCUCCACCGAUCUCAGCCCGGAAGUUUAUGGAUUACAAUGUACGCAGAAUGAGUGCCUUAUCCCCAAAUGCCAAGCUACCCACUGAUGUUGUAAAAAACCUCGCAUUUGAGAUAAUUGAGAGUCACAAGAGGAACACCAUCUUCAUGCCCUUCAAUUUGAUUGCUGUGCUGUUUAACGAACGUGUUCAUUCAUAUCCACAUCAUCCUUAUUCAUUCGAUGGACUGCUGCAGGAUUACUGCUGGCUAAAGGGAAUAAUAAAGAAACUAGGGGCCACGGUUUUUCCAAAAGUUGACAAUGGAGAGGACGAAUCAUACAGGAGAUCCGAAAAAGACGAGAUCAAAGAGUCUCUAAACACCCACAAAAAUUUACUGAGUUUCGAUUCACAUAAUUCAUUGACCCUCCAUGGUAGCUAUCGUGACAUAAAAUCAGGAAAAAUUCGAAAUGUCAGGGGUCACAAUUUGGACGAGAGAACAAUGAAAAUGGCGGUUCCUGCCAUUAACCUCGGGAUUUAUGUCAAUCCCACCUUUGCACUUUUUACGAAACCAACAAUUGCUGCUGUCUCAGUACAUACGUCUGACAUUCUCGAAGAUUAUGCCAGAGAAACGUAUAUUCUCCUGAGAAAACUAUUGAGUAACGAAUUUGCAUUGCCCACUGACGACAGUACAGACAUAAUAGCCAAUGAGUGGACCCAUGAGAUGGAGUUUUUAUUUAAUGCAGAAUGUUUUAAAUCAGAGAACAAUCGAAUUACUUAUGGGAAUAAUGAGAAACUCAGACUAUUACUUAGUAAUUUAAUUUCACCGUUCAUCAGUGCUGUUUGUGUCACGUGUCUAACUCUAUAUCAGUGGGAUAAUCCAACAAUGGAGGGUCCAACCGACAAGAACAUUCUAAAAGAAUCUCAAAGACUAGCAGAAACUCUUCUCUUCCAAGACGACAGCCUCGUCCGUCACCCCUACACUCUCUCCUUGGAUCUAUAUUUGUCGACAUUAGUCAGUUUAACAUCGUACGGCGCCAUAAAGUCAAUACCAAACCAGCCAAAUUAUGAAAUUGAUAGGUCAAAGAUAUCAACGAUUAUUCGUGACCUUGAGAAGAUACUUUUAUCGAGAGAAGUGCCUGGAAGCUACCUGGACAUUGGUCCCACCCUGAUUCAUCAGGAUGACAAUACACUUCAGGCUAAGUUGUGAUUAUUCAACUCUUCAACCAAAUUGAAUACCAAAUUAAUCAGAAUUACCAGUAUUAUAUAAUCUUGGAGUAAUAAAAUAAUACUUGCACCCCUGAUAAAUGAA